AUGGACCAACACAUCGAAAAGACUGUUGGCACCGACGUCGCCACCACCGAGGAUGCUAAAACCAUGAUCGAUACUGGCAUUCGCCUGUCACCAGAAGAAGACAGGCGUAUCCUGCGCAAGCUGGACUUGUGGGCCUCCUCCAUAUUGACCUUGGGGCACAGCCUCGUCUGGGGAGCCAUCCUGAUGAUCACGGCCGUCUGCCACGACGCAGCUGGUCUCCUCACCACGCGCUUCUUUCUCGGCGUCGCCGAGUCGGCCAUUGCCCCGGGCCUGACCAUCCUCAUCUCUAUGUUUUACAAAAAGUCGGAGCAGCCCCUCCGACACGCCGCCUGGUUCCUCGGUAACACUUGUGCCGGGGUGUUUGGCGGUCUCCUCAACUACGGCAUCGGCCAUGUCGGUAGCAUUGCACCCUGGAAGAAGCCUCCAUUUCUGAUUCUUGGCAGCAUCACUGUUGCCUGGUCGUGCGCCAAUUUCUUUCUCCUGCCAGACGAGCCCUCCAAUGCACACUUCUUCAAUAAAACCGACCGGGAAAAGGUUAUCAUUCGUGUACAAGAGAACUUGACCGGGACUAAAAGCAAUGAACUGAAAUGGUACCAAGUCCGAGGGGCGUUGCUGGACAUAAGCACGUGGUUUUUGGUGCUGAUCCAGCUUUCGUCGAGCACCCCCAACGGCGGAUUUCGCUCCAUAAUUCUGCAUGGUAUUGGAUUCAGCACAUUCAAUACCCUGUUGCUUCAAUGCGUCCCAUAUCUGGUCCAGUUUGUCCUUGUCGUCCUGUGCACAGGAGGCAGCAGCUACCUCAAAAACACCCGGACAUACUGGAUGAUGCUCACAUUUGCCAUCACUCUCGUCGGAGCGGCCCUCGUGCGGCAACUACCUGAGCCUGACAAAUGGGGUAGAUACGUGGGUACUUGUUUGAUGGGCGCAAACUCGGCCGCCUUCCCGCUGCUCAUGUCUCUGAUGUCCGGUAACGUUGGCGGAUUCACCAAGAAGACAACCGUCAAUGCCAUUAGAUUCAUUGCGUACUGUGCAGGCAACAUCAUCGGGCCGCAGCUAUUCUUUCAGCGGGAAGCGCCGUCAUACAGCUUCGGCUUUGCUGCGCUCAUCUUCUGCCAGACAACCUGCUUUUUCCCAUGUCUCGGGAUGCGAUUCUAUCUCAUGUGGGUGAACAACAUGCGAGAUCGGCACGACGACAGCACCGAGAUGGCUGGUGAAGAGAAUAUGCAGGUGCAAGCCGUGAUGGCUAUGAUGGACAAGACUGACAAGGAGAUCGGUAGCUUCAGAUAUGUAUACUAG